AUGUAUUUCUUACACACAGGAAAAAGAAUUUUUCGCUUAGCACACCAACACUUUUUGAAAUCUCACAUUUUUACAUCCAAAAAUUAUUUCUUUGCAACAACAUAUACUUCUCAAAAAGCUAGAUUUUCAACAAAUCGUCCUGUUUGUGGAUACACUAGUAAAGAAUUAAGUACAAAACUUGGAUCAGAAAUUAAACAUGAAAUAUCAUUAAUGAAAGAAGAAAUCCCAGAAAACAUCAGAACAUUCAUAGAUGAUGGCAUAUUCGAAAUUAUUGACCAUCAAAAUAGUAAUGAAGUAGAACUUAUUCGCAACUUUAAAAAUGAAAAAAUUAGCAUAACGUUUUCUAUUUCAGACAUCAACAAUAUGGAGUCAGAAGAUUUUUAUAACCAUGAAAAUGAAAAUGAACAAAUACAAAAAGAACCUUUAAAAACAAAAGAACUAUCUGAAUUCGAACAAGAAGAUACUCCGUUUAAUUUUCUUGUCCGCUGUAAUAUUGCAAUUACAAAGCCUGGUUCUGGUGCUUUAAUAAUUGACGCAGUUGCACAAGACGGUACAUUCGUAAUAGAUAAUAUUUUAUAUUACAAAGAUAGCGAUCUUGCAUUAGCCCAAACAGCAGAAGCAGAUUGGCAAAGACGUGGCGCAUAUAUGGGGCCUUCCUUUCAUAGUCUAGAUGAAGAUGUUCAAGCCAUGUUUGAACGUUAUUUAGAAGAACGUGCAAUAAAUACAUCACUGGCAUUAUUUAUUCCUGAAUAUGUUAAUUAUAAAGAACAAAAGGAAUAUGUUAAUUGGCUUCAAGACGUAAAAAAUUUUGUUGAUGCAUAA